AUGAGGUUGCAAGAACUUCAAGAUGCUAUAAACAAACUUCCAUUGAGACAUCCAAUUGACGUCAAAUUGUAUUGGAGAGCAUCUGAGUUAGGUCAGAAGGUUUUAUAUGAAACAGGUUGCUUCGACGAUGUUUAUGAGAUAACAGGAGAAGUUUCUCAGAAGAUAAGAGACUCACUUGAAUUUCCACAAACUGGACCAAUUGGUUGCGACAAGUUCGACUCAGAUGAAAAGAUAUACUAUGUCGACCUUAACGCUGCGUACAUGAGGUUCGUCCAAUAUAUUCCGACUGGAAUUCCAAACGAAGAUGGUGAGUUCCCGGGAAGGAACUAUACAGUUGGAAAAGUCAUACAACAACUGUAUGAUAUUAGGAAAGCUUCAAACCCCAAACUUGCAAUGACACUCAAAUUGCUUAUGAAUUCGACAUGGGGAUAUUCCAUUAAGAAACCUCAAGAGAUGAAGAGUAAACAUUAUGAGAAGGUCGACAACUUUGUUGAAAGGUUUUCUCCUUUUGUUUUGAAGUACGAAUUCACUCAAGGUCAAAGUGGCUUAGUAACCACAUUAAAACCUAUUGUCGAACAUUGGUCUUACCCUCAGUUCGCAAAGGCAGUCCUUGACAACUACAACAAAUUCUUCUCCGAAGUCAAAUCCAAAGUGAAGGUUUACUAUGAGAACAUUGACGCACUCAUGACGAACGAAGAAGGGUACAACAAACUCAUUGAAAUGGGAAUGGUCGGUGAAAAGAUGGGCUGUUUUAAGCUAGAUAAGGUAUUUUCCGAAGUUCAUGUAAUAUCGAAAAGGAAAUAUUGGGGCAUACUUGAAGACGGCACAGAAAUAAAACAUUGCAUGAAAUAA